CCCGGUGAAGAAAGCCGGGAAUACUAUAUUAUUCCUUCUCUAAGUUUAUCAGUGACCGAGGAUCGGCAGGGAGCGGCCGAACGGUGCAGUGUUAUCAUGAGGACUUUCGGAGACCGUCCGAUCGCCUUCCAAUUGGAAGAUGGAGGCGACUACUAUUACAUCGGGACUGAGGUUGGAAACUACAUGCGGCUAUUCAGGGGCACACUGUACAAGAAAUACCCAUCGCUAUGGAGGAGACCGGUUACGGUUGAGGAAAGGAAGAAAAUCUCCCAAAUGGAAAACAUGAGUCACCAUUCGGCGGCAAACUUCAUUUCGCUCCUCAAGAAAGUUGAAGUUGACGAUCUCAUCGACGGUAACGAGGAGAAAUACAGAGCAGCUCCUGUCCAAGAGAGUAACUACGAUGGCGGAGCACAUGGGGCGAAAGCAAUCAAGGCACGACCAUCAUUCAUGCCGGCUGCUCCCAACAACGCGCAUCACCUCGACGCAGUCCCGUGUUCGACCCCGAUAAAUAGGAACAGACUCCAACAUACGAAGAAAAAUAAGAGUUUCCCGAUGCUGUAUGAUGAUCUCGAUCCGGCGACUCUCCACGAAAACGCUGCUAUGCCCGAAUGUCUCGUCCCGAUCCGUCUGGACAUGGAAAUCGAGGGGAAUAAGCUCCGCGAUACUUUCACUUGGAACAAGAACGAGGCUCAAAUAUCUCCAGAGCAAUUCGCGGAGAUCCUCUGCGAUGAUCUCGAUCUCCCACCCCUCCUCUUCGUGCCUCAGAUCGCAGCAUCGAUGCGACAGCAAAUCGAGGCGUUCCCGACAGAAAGUCUCCUCGACGAGCAAACCGAUCAGAGAGUCAUCAUAAAGCUCAAUAUUCACGUGGGGAACAUUUCUCUCGUCGACCAGUUUGAGUGGGAUAUGAGCGAGAAACUGAAUUCACCUGAGGAGUUCGCCACGAAACUGUGUUCAGAUCUUGGAUUAGGCGGCGAGUUCGUGACAGCGAUCGCGUAUUCAAUCAGAGGUCAGCUCGCUUGGCACCAACGAACGUAUGCGUUCUCGGAGGCGCCUCUCAGUCAACUCGAAAUGCCCUUCCGACCUCAGAGCGAGGCUGAGCAAUGGUGUCCAUUCCUCGAAACUCUCACCGAUCAAGAAAUGGAGAAGAAGAUUCGUGAUCAAGAUCGAAACACUCGCAGAAUGAGACGGUUGGCCAACACGCAUCCCGGCUGGUAGGUCUAUGAAAAUGUCUAUCCGCACCCUGGGUGCACUCCGUUUCUCUGUCCCGUACUUGAAUUUGAAAUCAUGAUCCUUUCGAUAUCCUAUCAAUAGUUUCUAAUAAACCUG